UUUGGUGAUGCUUUCUGCACGCGCUGUUCAUUUCAGCACCACGAGCCUCAAUCAGAGAGCGGACAGAGAGUCUUUUGAAGAUGUGAGAAUUUUGGAGUUUGAUGCUGAAAAGGACUUCAAUGGUUUUGCAUCUUCAUGCAUGACAUGCAUGUCCUACGUUUGCGUCCAAUGAGAAAUCCCCGUGGCCACACUCUAACUGGUCAGGGGGCUCGACUUAAUCAUUGAGAUGGGCAAGGACGUUACUACCCGCCUACUUCCCCAGUAGUCCUCAACCACCUGGACCUAUUUUUGGAUCUAUACUUCCUCACGUUGUCCCCUGUUCCAUUUGGAUAUGGAUCCCAUACGUCUAAGCCGGAUGCAAUAUCAGCUCCUCCUUUUCCUCUGCUACUGGUUGCCAGUCUCCCUUCAGCGCAUUGAGACACCACCACCGGAGUACGCCCACUCUAUCCGUCUGGAUGGUGACAUAAUCCUUGGCGGCCUGUUCCCUGUUCAUGCCCGGGGUGAGCGCGGCGUCGCCUGCGGUGAGUUAAAAAAGGAGAAGGGUAUUCACAGACUGGAGGCUAUGCUCUUUGCUAUCGACUUCAUCAACAAAGACCCGGAUCUGCUGCCCAACGUGACACUGGGCGCCCGUAUCCUUGACACCUGCUCAAGGGACACUUACGCCCUUGAGCAGUCUCUAACCUUUGUGCAAGCUCUUAUUGAGCGUGAUGGUUCGGAUGUACGCUGUGCCAAUGGAGACCAGCCCAUAUUUGCCAAGCCUGACAAAAUCGUUGGGGUUAUUGGAGCGGCGGCCAGCUCUGUCUCCAUCAUGGUCGCCAACAUCUUGAGGUUAUUUAAGAUUCCUCAAAUCAGCUAUGCAUCCACAGCGCCAGAGUUAAGCGACAACACCCGCUACGACUUUUUCUCCCGCGUUGUUCCCCCAGAUUCUUACCAGGCCCAGGCCAUGUUGGAUAUUGUCACGGCAAUGGGGUGGAACUACGUCUCCACGCUGGCCUCGGAAGGGAAUUAUGGUGAAAGCGGUGUGGAAGCGUUCAUGCAGAUUUCUCGGGAGAUAGGUGGGGUGUGUAUCGCACAGUCUCUGAAGAUCCCUCGGGAACCAAGGCCUGGGGAAUUCGACAAGAUAAUCCGACGGCUCCUGGAGACCCCCAAUGCCCGAGCCGUCAUCAUGUUCGCCAACGAGGAUGAUAUCAGACGGGUCUUGGAUGCCGCCAAGAAUAGCAAUCAGACGGGUCACUUCCUGUGGGUGGGGUCUGACAGCUGGGGCUCCAAGAUCUCACCGGUGAUACAGCAGGAGAGAGUGGCGGAGGGGGCCAUCACCAUCCUGCCCAAACGAGCCACGGUCGAGGCAUUCGAUCGCUACUUCCGUAGCCGCUCACUCUCCAACAACAGAAGAAAUGUGUGGUUUGCUGAAUUCUGGGAGGAAAACUUCGGCUGCAAGUUGGGGAUGCACGGCAAACGGCCGGGAAGCCUCAAAAAGUGCACUGGGCUGGAGAAGGUGGGUCGAGACUCCAGUUACGAGCAGGAAGGGAAGGUGCAGUUUGUGAUGGAUGCGGUUUAUGCGAUGGCACACGCGCUGCACCGCAUGCACAGAGACUACUGCUUCGGCUACCCCGGCCUCUGCCCCCGUAUGAGCAACAUCAACGGGAAAGAGCUGCUGGGAUACAUCCGAAGCGUUAACUUCAAUGGAAGCGCAGGAACUCCAGUGGUGUUCAAUCAGAAUGGUGACGCGCCAGGGCGAUAUGACAUCUUCCAGUAUCAGAUCACUAACGGAUCAACAGCUGAGUACAAAGUGAUUGGCCAGUGGACAAACAAGCUGCACCUUACUGUGGAUGCCAUGCGCUGGCGGAUGGGCGACCCCACACUUCCAGGUUCGGUGUGUAGUGUGCCUUGCCAAAUGGGUGAAAGGAAGAAGAUUGUGAAGGGUGUACCGUGCUGCUGGCACUGCGAGCGCUGUGAAGGGUACCACUUCCAGGCCAGUGAGUUCAGCUGUGAGUUGUGUCCGUACGAGCAACGUCCAGACCGCAAUCGCACCGGCUGCAUCCCUAUUCCUAUCAUCAAACUGGAGUGGCACUCGGCCUGGGCGGCCGUGCCGGUCUUCAUUGCAGUUUUAGGCAUCCUGGCCACUAGUUUUGUGGUGGUCACUUUCGUCCGCUUCAACGACACGCCCAUUGUUCGUGCAUCUGGCCGGGAGAUGAGCUAUGUGCUACUGACAGGCAUUUUUUUGUGCUACGCCAUUACGUUCCUAAUGAUUGCCACGCCAAGUUUGGGGGUCUGCUCCUUCCGACGAGUGUUCCUGGGAUUGGGCAUGUGCUUCAGCUACGCAGCUCUGCUAACCAAGACCAACCGCAUCCACCGAAUCUUUGAGCAAGGGAAAAAGUCGGUGGCCGCCCCACGAUUCAUAAGUCCCGCCUCUCAGCUGGCCAUCACCUUCAGCUUGAUCUCGAUGCAACUUCUUGGUGUGUUUGUGUGGUUCGCAGUGGAUCCACCACACACGGUUGUGGACUACGGCGAACAACGUACGUCCCACCCGGAGAAGGCCCGUGGAGUUCUCAAGUGUGACAUCUCGGACCUGUCACUCAUCUGUUCGCUGGGCUACAGCAUUCUGUUGAUGGUCACAUGCACUGUUUAUGCCAUCAAGACUCGGGGCGUGCCAGAGACCUUCAACGAGGCCAAGCCAAUUGGAUUUACUAUGUACACUACCUGCAUCGUUUGGUUAGCUUUUAUACCCAUCUUCUUUGGCACGGCACAGUCUGCAGAAAGGAUGUAUAUUCAGACCACCACCCUCACCAUCUCUCUCAGCCUCAGCGCAUCUGUAUCUCUCGGGAUGCUCUACAUGCCCAAAGUUUACAUCAUCAUCUUCCACCCGGAGCAGAACGUGCCCAAACGCAAGCGCAGCUUCAAAGCGAUCGUCACUGCCACCACGAUGUCAGGCAAACUGGUGCAGAAAGGAAGUGAACGGCCCAACGGGGAAGUGAAGACUGAGCUGUGUGAAAGUAUGGAGACCAACACAGCUUCCUCCACCAAGACCACAUACGUCAGCUACAGCAAUCACGCCAUCUGAAGAAGGCCACUCUCUCUGGGUGGAGCCAGGGGCGGGGCCUUGUCUAAACCAGGAUGGCUGUCAUGUGACAUGCUGACAGGCAAAUGGACCGCCCAUGGGCAUCCGCAUGAGACUUUUUGUAUCGUUCCGCAUCAAACUAAAACCUGCAGCAUCCUGGAAGACCAAAAAAAAGAAAACGGACUAACAGGACUGACCAGUGAGGCUGCUGUCAAAGAGCUAAUCCUGCCAUGAACAAACACAAACAUGCACAUACACUCAGAAAAUGCGACGGAAUAGUCGCAGGCUUGCGGUCAUGUGAAACAAAAUACAUACUUUCACAAAAAAUGGUGUAAUUGUAAAGCCGAUGGAAACUCAUUCACGGUAAACAUUGGAAAUGUGGAUGUUCUAAGUGAAAAUAUAUGAAAACUACCAAACUAUGUUUGCUGUUAUUCUUCUUGUAUUUUUGUGGUCGUGCUGAUUUUUUCAUUUUUGUCCCACUUUGUCGGAAACCUGCAUUCUGAGAUGUGUCUUGUAUUGGCUGACUGAACUGUACCACGGAGUUGUGAAGCUGUAAAAUGCCAUGGUUGAAGCAUGCUAGUUUUAUACCAAAACAAAAGAAGAAGAUUUAUUUAUAAUAAAGGAAUGUUUUGCA